UGAUGAUAAUAUUUGCGGGUUUUUUUUGAUGUUCUCAAUUUUAUUUUUUAAUGAAUUCUUGCGGUGUUUUCUUGGAAUUACUAAGAACAGAAAGGGUGUAGUAACCGCAAGUAUGGUACCGAUAAACCAACGCGCCAUGUAUUUAAAUAAAUAUAAGAGAGAAGGUGUGUGUGUGUGUGUGAGAAUAGACGGUUCUCAUUGAUAUAAGGGGUAAAUGAUUUCUUUUGGUAUGGUGUGAAAUGAAUUCGCUAGUGCAUGAGCGGCAGAACAAGAGAGAUUCAAUGUAAUGUGGUAAUUUCAAGAUUUUGUAAAUAAUUACAUAUGUAAAGGAUAUACAAAGCAAUAGAAGCAACUCUCUAUCAUGUGAUUGCUGGUAUAUGAUUGACCCACAUUCCAAUAACAGUACGUUAUCACAAUUAAAAUCUGCUGCUGGGGGCCACCUCGUUCUAUGUACAGGAUUGACUGCAAAAAUGAACACUCAGGAAUGCAAGUCAAUACGAGGCUGGAAUAUACAGUAUUUUAGUACCAAGUGUGAUAAGUUAGAGUGCGAUAUGUGGUAUAUUUUGAACAGUUUAUAUGCUCAUAUAUGUAUACGAAAAUAAUUGAGUAAGUAUUGAAGUUCCCCUGUUGGAAUUCUAAAGAUCUGCA